AUGAUGGUCAACAGCAAUGGUGGUGACGAAAUGAAGAAGGACCGUGCCAAAGCACGUUGGUCCAUAUUAAGGAAUGCGUUGUUACAGAAAGCGCAGUCUUCGAACGAACAUUCAAUUCACAGAUUUGCAGGAUAUCAACUAUUGGAGCCAACCACCGCCAGUGAAGGAACCACUAACGAAGGCUACAAAAUCCUGGAAGGAGCCCUAAAGCUUCACGCAUUUGAUGACCAAUUAUCGCUUGACAAGAAUCUUGAUAGAUUAGAGUUCAAAGUUUACGCUCUGGCUGCAUUUCAUCCCAAUGGCAAGUGUCUCGAUAUUGCAAAGGUACCAUCUUCAGUAUCCACUGAACUUAUUGGAAAGCUAAAAGAAAGGUGCCAAUCUGUGGUUCAUCUGCUUGUGGUCGACGAUAAGAAUCCGCCAGAGAAGAUUACAAUCUUGGUGCAAGAAUCUUCCAAAACAUUGACAAAAUACACCUGCCGUCAGUACAAACUGGACGAGUCUUGUAGUUUGUUCACACGAGAACCAUUCGAAACAAAGUUGUCGAUACAAGAUCUCGUCAGUCACCGCACGACUGGAGUCGAUAAUACAGGAAAUAUAUGUGUAUGGGACUCGGAACGUACACUUUCCUUCCUUCUCUAUCACCACCUUGACGCCUUUUUGUCGUUGUUCAAAAACUGCAAUGGUAUACGGUCAGCACGACGAAUACUGGAGUUGGGAACUGGAAUGGCAGGACUGGCAGCCAUUGCUCUAGGAUUACGCUUGGUACAAGACAACAGCGAGGCUUCGUCAUCAACAAGGAUUGAUGUUACCCUGACUGAUGGGCAUGCAGAAGGAGUGAAGAACAAUGAUGUGAACCAAGUAUUGACGAAAGCCUUUUGCUCGGAAAACAGCAAGCACCCCUAUCAUUCUCUUUCUAUUGAAACCAAUUGCUUACUCUGGACCACUGAGCUGGAAUCCAGUCUACCUGAGCAGCAAGAUGUAGUCCUAAUCUCGGACUGUGUUCACUUUCAAAACUUUCAUGCAGCUUUGGUAGCGACAACUCUUCGAUCGCUCUGUGUUGGAGGGAUUGCCCUCUUUUGUCAGCCAAAACGAGGAGAUUCGUUGGACAAUUUCGUAAGCCUGCUCGCAUGUGUGGGAGAUAAUGACUUGGUAUCGAUAAAGUGGAUUCAACAUUCAGCAAUUGAAGAGGCUCAUGAGAAUGCAUCGAGUCAACACAACGACGUGUACGACGAGAAUCUGCACUAUCCAAAGUUGCUAGCAGUGACAAAGCUGAGAGAUUUGACGAUAGAAGAUUGCCAGAGAUUUGAGGAUCAUCAGAAAAGUAGAAACUAA